AUGACCGCGUUACGGAAAGUUGAGGCCGCAAAGUCUAAAAAUGCGCCACAAGAUCACCUCUCAAAUCUUCCCCAGCUGUCGAGCGUAAUGGAAGACGCAUGGGAUACUGGUACCUUUUGGUUUACCUUGGCCCUGUCCAGUCCACUCGAUGAAAUCAAUGAAUUCAUGCCUUUCUAUUGGACAAGGGAUGUUGGGAAAUUCUUGGCUACUAAAAUCCAAGACAAAAAGAGAUAUGAUAUCGCACUCGAGAACGCCUUUGAAGAGACAUGA